GGAGAAGAACAGUGUCCACGCCUUCUGGUGUAGUCACUGAAAGUAGGGGGAUAACUUCAGUGUCCUAAUACACUGCGCUGGCAACGAGCAGAUAAAAUGGGAGUGCGUGAGCCGGUGAAGAGCAUUUUAUUCUACCUUUGCAUCUGUAGUCAUGUUUGUACUGAAGAGUGGGAACUCACGCUGCUUCAUACCAACGAUGUCCACGCACGGGUUGAGGAGACAAGCAAGGACUCCGGCAAAUGCACCAAGCCUCCGUGUUUUGCCGGGGUGGCACGGAGAUUUACGAAAAUAAAGGAGAUCCGGAACCGAGAGAGAAAUGUGAUGCUGCUGGAUGCAGGCGAUCAAUUUCAAGGAACCGUUUGGUUUAAUGUCUAUAAGGGAGCAGAGGCUGCACAUUUUAUGAACAAACUUGGCUACGAUGCAAUGGCUCUGGGGAAUCAUGAGUUUGACAAUAAAGUGGAGGGACUUAUCAAGCCGUUUCUCCAGGAAGUGAAUUGCACAGUCCUCAGUGCUAACAUCAAAGCAGACGACACACUAGCACCACGCAUCAGUGGCCUUUAUUUCCCUUAUAAGGUAUUUGAUGUGGACUCUAAGAAAGUGGGCGUGGUGGGAUACACAUCAAAGGAGACGCCUGCUCUGUCACAAACAGGACCUAAUUUAGUGUUUGAGGAUGAGAUUGAUGCCCUCCAGCUCCAGGUUGACAAACUAAUCACUUUGGGGGUAAACAAGAUUAUCGCCCUUGGUCACUCUGGCUUCGUUACAGACAAAGAAAUAGCCAGAAGGGUAAAGGGUGUGGAUGUGGUCAUCGGAGGACAUAGUAACACCUUUCUGUACACAGGAAAACAGCCUUCCUCUGAGAUCCCGGCAGGUCCCUACCCGGUCAUAGUAAGGUCAGAGGGUGGGCGUGACGUCCCUGUGGUGCAGGCCUUUGCCUUUGGGAAAUAUCUGGGUUACCUCAAGGUUACGUUUGACGAAGCUGGCAACGUGCUCCAGUCCACAGGCAACCCCAUUCUUCUGGACAGCUCUGUACCAGAGGACCCCAGUAUUCUGGCUGAAGUCAACGAGUGGAAAAAGGCCCUGGCCAAUUACUCCUCCCAGUAUGUGGGGGAGACCUUGGUGUAUCUCAAUGGAACGUUUGAAGAGUGCAGGUUCCGAGAAUGCAACCUGGGAAACCUAAUCUGUGACGCUAUGGUACACCACAACAUUAAAUAUGCAGAUGAGCUUCAAUGGAACCAUGUUAGCUCCUGCAUCCUCCAAGGGGGAUCGAUACGGUCAUCCAUAGAUGAGCGGAGUCGAAACGGUUCCAUUACGAUGGAGGACCUCAUUGCUGUGUUGCCGUUUGGAGGCACCUAUGAUCUGGUUCAGCUGAAGGGAUCUACUCUGAGGAAGGCUUUUGAGCACUCCGUCAGGAGAUAUGGAGGGAACACAGGGGAAUUCCUUCAAGUAUCAGGAUUUCAUGUAGAGUAUGAUAUGUCGAGGCCCCCUGGGGAGCGCGCUAGGAGUAUUAGUGUGCUCUGUACGGACUGCCGAGUGCCUGUCUAUGAGCCUCUGGAUGACAGAAGGCUAUACAAGGUGGUCCUGCCCUCAUACAUGGUGGAAGGAGGAGACGGAUUCUCCAUGAUUAAAGAGGAGAACCUGAAACAUGACAGCGGUGACAUGGACAUAUCGGUGGUGGCCAGCUACAUUGCUGAGAGGAAGAAGGUGCAUCCGGCUAUAGAGGGACGUAUCAAGAUUUCCAACUCAGCUUCAGGAGGGCCUGGUCACAUGGCUCUGUUAAUCAUGCUGGGGCUAGUGAUGGCUCUGUUUGGGAGACUAUGAGAGAUCCCUGGCUGCAAUCAUGAUGCAAAGCUCACCAUUGGAUAUAUUCCUCUCACCAACAGCAUUCAAGGGAAGAGCUCAACUCUAGUUAGUCUAUUGAGUACAAAUUGAACAGGGAUAUGGUGAAUGGAUAUUUCACCAAUGCUCUCAGAUAUUUCUUUAUAAAUACUGCAGUUUGAUAUGAAAUUCGCUAUUGAAACUUCAGGGAAAAUACUGUAAAUGUAUUAUCCUAUGGCUAAAACUAGAAAUGAUGCACUGGUAAGUCUCGUGUACAGUAGCUGCUGUCAAGCUCUUGGUCUGCGAUCCAGUUAGAGUACAUAAGCAAAUGUAUUUUUAUGCUCAAACAGAUGACCGGUGCUUGUUUAAGUGUGUGCCCUUGGCAGAGCCUGCUUAACCAGCAUUAGGACUGAAGCGUUACAGAUUUUGGGAUAGAAAUGUAAAGGUAAUUUCCGAUUGAGCCGACAUAUGCAGUCUCCGCUAACGGAGGACAUUACCUUUAAAUGUCAAUCACGCUGUAACAACGAAAGUCCAUGAUACGGAUAGAAUAGACUUUGUUUAUGGGAUAGGGUGUCCAAACACAGAGCUCCAGAAUAGUUUUGUCAAUAUUUUGAAGCUCUUUUAGACAUGAAAUAUAAAUCUCUCAAGGUGGGAUAAACAAGUUGGCGAUCAACCUUUUGUAAACAUUUAGAGAAACUCUAUUUACAGGACAUACCCACUCAAAGUAAUGAGGUAGCAGGAAACUGAUACACUUGGUAUUCUUAAUUCACACAGGAAACUGCUGAGCGUGAAAAACCCAGCAGCGUUGCAGUUCUUGACACAAACCGGUGCGCCCAGCACCCUAAUACCAUACCCCGUUCAAAGG